UGGCGCAUUGGCUUCGCCCUAGAACACAGUCGUGAAGGGUUGCUAGUAUUGAAGCAACUGCCCUAAAGGGCACUCAUGCUCUCUACCUUUUUAACACGUCCCGUCGUUAUCUUACUUUUCAUUGCAUCAUGCCUUAUCCCGAUUUUUAUUAUAGAGACCUCGUUGGCACGCCGGCACCAGGUCUACCACAAGGUCUUACAAGAAAAAAAAGUCUUCGAAUCGUAUGACAAAUCGCUGAAAGAGGAGAUUGCGGCGCGGAUGUUUUAUAGGAAGCAGAAGAUGAAGGAAGCGUGUGCGCGUUACGGUCUUGACAAAUCUGGCAACGAUUCGUUGCACAAGCCAAACCCUUGGGAGUUCCUAAUCAACAAAAAAUAUCAUAUUGUUUGGUGUAACAUAUUUAAAGCUGCGUCAACGUCGUGGAUGUACAAUUUCAACGUUCUGGCAGGAUAUAGAGCAAAUUUUCUCAAAAGAACAAAUAUAGUUCCGUUGCAGCUUGCACGAAGAAGGUACCCAAGGCCCACGUUAGCAGAGUUAAAAGCUGCUUUAAACAACUCGUUUUCUUUUAUUAUUGUUCGUCAUCCAUUAGAGAGGCUGCUUUCAGCUUAUAGAGAUAAAAUUCAGUAUGCCUUACCAAAUACUCCCCACCAAAAAUUAGGAAAUGAAAUUGUUCUGAAAUACAGAAAGCAAUAUGAGAAUGGUGUUAAAAAAGAUUUAUCACACCAACCAAGGUGGCCUACCAUGUCAGAAUUUGUCAACUACCUCGUAGACGCUAAGAGAAAAGGUGAACCUUUGGAUAUGCAUUGGGCACCCAUGACUGAAUUUUGUACACCUUGCCAAAUUAGCUUUGACAUUAUCAUCAAAUUUGAAACAUUGCAGGAAGAUCAGAAGUAUCUUAUAGAACUAGUUGGCGUGCAGGAUAAAAUCAAACCAGAGUGGAAAAACCCAUCAAAGGGCAAAGUUACGGCUGAAGUGCUCUAUAGUUAUUACUCACAGCUGACGGUUACCCAAAUUCUUCAACUUUAUAAUAUUUAUCGGUAUGAUUUUGAGCUGUUUGAGUAUAAUAUUCAAGAAUACGUUGAAAUGGCAAAGGCUGGUGAUGGUUAAUUUUGUGUGGUUCUCGUAAAUAAUCUUGAAAAUGUUUAUUGUUAAACUUUGUAAAAGUUGAAAUAUUAUGUAAAUAAAUAAUUAGAAUAUGCAAAUACAAAAUUUGAUUACCCAUUGUGAUUUUAAAAAUGUUAAUUUGUUUAUUAAUAAUUAUUAAAAUAUCUUAAAAUU